AAAUAUUGAGACGAAAAUAGAGCUGUAGCUAUUGGAGAAAGACGGAUACUAUGGAGAAUUCCUUCACUCUGACACAAGGAAGUUAGCAAUAAUUCAUCUGGGUAUCUAAGCGCAACGAGCAUUUGAGGACAAUGGCUGCAGCAUCAGAGAGAGUGGUAACGGCGAAAACUCAGAGCGUUAAAAAGGUCUCCAAACCACUGAUGGAGAAGAAAAGAAGAGCACAUAUCAAUAAAUGUUUGAAUCAGUUGAAAAGUCUCCUGGAGAGUGUCUGUUCGAAUAAUAUCCGCAAGCGAAAAUUGGAAAAGGCUGACAUUUUGGAGCUUACGGUUAAACAUCUGAUGCAUCUACAAAACAUCAAAAGAGGAAUGCCCACAGUUUGUGACUCUGCUGAAUAUCAUGCUGGCUUCAGAAGUUGUCUCGCCACUGUCAGUCAUUAUCUUCUCGCUUCGGACGCAGACAGAGAUUCCCGCUCCAUCAUGCUGACACAUCUUAGGAGCGGUUCUAACCUUGUUCCUGAUUUCAGUACCGCGGAGAGCGACCCUGCUCGGAUCCCUGCCUCAACUUGUACUCUUCGUCGAUUACACAAAGCUUCGUUUAAAACAGACGCUCCUUAUCCCAUCUUGCAGGAAACUUCAGACAGAUAUUUCUGCUCUAUGCCGAAGAGGAUUGAGAUUUGUGAUACGGACAAAAUAUCAUUUAACGCACAGGCUGGAACCCAUGGAUCCAAGAAGCUCAAAACCACACACUUCAGUCUUAAAAAUACAAAGGUUGACGAGUGCUGCAAUUUUUCUGAAGCCUUCAAACAGAAUUAUUGGCGGCCUUGGUAAAUCUGAAGAAUUUAAAAUGUCACUGUUUUAACACUUAAAGUAGCUCUAAUUUUGCUUCUC